AUGGAAAAUAUUUACUCAACAAAACUCGUUUCUCGUUCAACGACAUUUCUUGUUCCACUUGGAAUUCUCUUAAUUCUGCUCGGAAUGGCUUCUGUUAUACUUUCCUCGAUCGAUUUAAGUAAUAGUCGAUCAACAGUUACAACAAUUAACUCAACGGGUCAAGUCGUUCAGUAUACAGUUCCAAGUUCGUACUCGGAACAAUCGAUUUGGCCAACACUUGCGAAAGGAAUAUGGUGUGGAUUGUUUUUCAUCGGUGUUGGAAUCUUUUGUUUGAUUUGUCAUCGCGAGAAAACGUUAAUUUCCAUGCGAAUUGUGGCAUUUCUUGGAUUUAUUUCAAUUUUUCUUAGUUUAUUUCUAUUUUUAUCUUCAAUCAUCGUUUUUCAACGUUAUAUCUUCGAAGGUCGAACAAAUGCCAAUCAACGUACAUCAAUGGAACAAAAAGAAGUUGUUGUCAAUGUUCUUCUCUUCAUCUGCGGUGUUCUAUCAUUCAUUAUUUCACUUAUUUUAACAAUUGGUUCACUCAUUUCGGGAAAUUUUUGUCAAAACCAAGGCGAUGAAUUCGAUAAUUUCGCAAAUGUUCUUCAUCCACCGCCUCCGCCUGCUUAUUCAGCACCUCAUUAUUAA